AGGGAGUGCGGCGGCAGAGCAGGGCACAGUCGAAGCUGGUCCUCCACACCUGGUCGACAUGAAGAUCGCGGCUGUAGUAGCAGUUGUUGCGGGCUUCUGCCUCCUAGCAGUGAGCGGUGAGCCCGAGCCUGAGGCUGUUGCUGGCUACGUGGGAGGGCAUCACUCAUACCACCCAGUUGUCGUGCAUCCCGGGUACUACGGUCGUAACCGCUACGGGAGGAGUGCAGAGCCCGAGCCCGAGGCUGACGCUGAGCCUGGCUACCUAAACCAUGGCUAUGGUUACCAGAAACGCCCUUACUACCACAGCUAUUCACGUCUCCACAAGAGGAGCGCCGAGCCCGAGCCAGAGGCCGAAGCUGAGCCUGGCUACCUAAACCAUGGCUAUGGUUACCAGAAACGCCCUUACUACCACAGCUAUUCACGUCUCCACAAGAGGAGCGCCGAGCCCGAGCCAGAGGCCGAAGCUGAGCCUGGCUACCUAAACCAUGGCUAUGGUUACCAGAAACGCCCUUACUACCACAGCUAUUCACGUCUCCACAAGAGGAGCGCCGAGCCCGAGCCAGAGGCCGAAGCUGAGCCUGGCUACCUAAACCAUGGCUAUGGUUACCAGAAACGCCCUUACUACCACAGCUAUUCACGUCUCCACAAGAGGAGCGCCGAGCCCGAGCCAGAGGCCGAAGCUGAGCCUGGCUACCUAAACCAUGGCUAUGGUUACCAGAGACGCCCUUACUACCACAGCUAUUCACGUCUCCACAAGAGGAGCGCCGAGCCCGAGGCUGAUGCUGAGCCGGGUUACCCUUAUGGUGGCUCCUCACAGUACCACACCCCUACUUACUACUCUCGCGGCUAUGGAGGUUACGGUUAUUAAGGCGUCGUCGACUGUCCAACCAAUGUAAACAAAUACAUCAAAUAAAAAAAUCGCUCCUC